AUGCGGUUCCCAGUCAUCACCGCCACCCUCACCCUCACCGUCUCUUCCCUCGCUACUGCUCAACUCACAUUCAACAUCACACAGGCAUUCACACCAGGAAACUGGGAGAAGUACCGAUGCCUAGAUAACGCCAAACUCAGCCUUUGGUUACCCUCAUGUCUCUCCGAAUGCCAGAAAAAGGCGAACGCGGAGGAUGGUUGCGCAUUCGAUGACUUCGCAUGCCAUUGCGUUAAUUACAACGCAUAUUCUGACCUUAUUGAGCCCUGCGCCUUUCCCGCCUCCCAGGGAGGCCAGGGCAAUUGCACGCUCGCCGAGUUAGGCCAAGCACGACCUAUCAUAGCAGACAUGUGCAACUUUUUCAACGCAACGGUAUAUGGGGAUUAUCAUGGCUGCGCGCAGUGGGUAACCAAGGAGAAGACGUACCAGGUUAUUGCGGGUGAGGAGGUUAUUGUCACCCACUAA